CAGUAAUAAAUUGAUUUCUUUGUUUACGACGUACAUCGUGUCUCGCCGAAGUCAAGAUUGAGCCCAAAUUCAGCGCGCCCGAAAUAGGCGAAAAUCGGCCGAAAUAUAACGUGACGUUUUUCUUAAGGACCCUGCCGGCCUCGGCAGAGCAGCUCGCAAGCCAGUCACACUCGCCGCCGGAAAAGGCAGCCCAUCUGUGUGGCGCGAGCAGCACUCGGCAGAGGCGUCAGUUGGUGGCGCCGCUUUCGGAUGGCUCUGGCGGCGUCGUCGCGCGCACUUUGAGCGACAGGUCAGCGGCGGCGGCGGCGAGGCAGCCAGUGCAGGUACCGGCGGUGAGCGGCGAGCAGCCCCUGCGACCAGUGGGCACAUGCAGUGGCCCUGACCUGACGCACUAGACGCAAGCAUGAUGGUCAGCACCGGCCCCCCAGAAACCUUCAACAACAACGCCAGUAACGGCGCCGCAACGCAUCUGCUCUGCUGUGCCGACUCAGAAAAACAGCAGCAGCCCGAACCGAAAACGGCCAGACAGGCGGCCGCGUCGCCGGCCGAAGACGACCUGGCCGCCGCCGCCGACUGCGGCUCACCAGACGACAAAAAGGGCGACCAUGAGCAGGCGAAGGCGAGCGCACGACAGGGCAGUCCGGGCCCGCAACCGCCGCUGCCCAUCAGGGACUGCAAGUACGUCGACAUCUACCGAGAAAAGCCCAUCAGGGUCAUCGUCAAAGUCCUCGUCCCCGUCAGAGAGCACCCUAAGUUCAAUUUUGUGGGCAAGCUGCUGGGUCCCAAAGGAAAUUCGAUGAAGAGAUUGCAAGAGGAGACAAUGACGAAAAUGGCUGUGCUGGGACGCGGCUCGAUGAGGGACAAGCAAAAGGAGGAGGAGUUGCGCGCCUCGAUGGACCCAAAGUACUGCCACCUGGGAGAGGAAUUGCACGUGGAGAUCACGGCGUACGCGCCGCCGGCGGAGGCCCACGCGCGAAUCGCGUACGCGUUGGCCGAGGUGCGCAAGUACCUGAUCCCGGACAGCAAUGACGAGAUCCGGCAAGAGCAGAUGCGCGAGAUGGAACUGCUGCAGAACACGUUGGGUGGCGGCGACGACUCGCCGGGGGCCAACGGCGCCAACUCGUCGUCCGCCUCCUCCCCCUCCCCCGUGACCAGCCCCCCAGUGUCCAGCGUGGGACCAAUGCCCGGCGGCCGUAGGAUGCCCAUGGGCAUGCGCGGCCGCGGGGGUGGCCGCGGCGGGGGCCUCCCGCCCCCACCCAUUCUCCGCGGGCCCAUGCCCGGCGGCCGCGGGGGCCGCGGAAGCCUCCUGCCGCCCCCUCUCACCGGCGGCCGCGGACCGCACCCCCUCCGCAAAGCCCCUUUGCCGCCGCCAGGCGCCAACAUGCUGGUCCGCCCAUCCCCCAAGCAGAAGGUCAUGAGCAUCCUUGACAGGGCCAGAGUGGCCAUGGAGGAAUCGUACCAGUACGAGGAGUGCUACUACAAUGCCUAUGACCCUGUCGGGUACGGAGGGUACGACGACUACGACGACAACCUGGGGGACUACUACGAGCCCGCAGACGGCUACACUGACGCAGCUGCGGGCGGCCACUGGAAGAGCUUCAAAGCACCCCCUGCCGGCGGGGCAGGGGCGGACAGGACCCGUUUCCGGACAGUGCCCUACGCAAGACCAAAGUAGAGAGGAGAGCAGCCGAGACGCGCAGCACCGGACCGGCCCUUCUUGCUCACUGACCCACGCAAGCCGCGCUAUUUUUUAUAAAUGAGAGAAAGAAAGAAAGAAACAAACAAGUUCGACCGACCUCUGCUUUCUCUCCCCCUUGUUUGAUUUUCCGGAAGGGCCGACGGGGGAUUUUUCCUUUCCGCGGGGACUCGGCCGAGCGAACGCCAUAUAUACUCUCUCAUUGUAUGUGUGUAUUUCGAAUUUCCGGCGUGCUCGGCCCCGAGGCGACGAUUGUAUUUUCGAGGUUGUUCAAGCCGUUGGGCACAAAUAAUACACCUGUGAGAUAUAUUGAAUUUUAAACCAGAGGAAAAUGAGGUUCUUCAAGUAUAAUGAAAUCUCUCUGAAUGUGCAGACUUGAAAAGCGCAGCAAAAAGUGUUGUUAAUCAAUUUGUGGUUAUAUAUCAUUAAUGUGUGUUGAACGAACUGAUAGAGAAAAUAUUAAUUGCAUGUUGGAGAAAAACGCAAUUUGUUACUUACUGAGUUGGAUUUUCCUCAUUAUUAUUAUAAUAGUCUUGAACCAAGUAAUGCACAAACCGAGUUGUUAAUAUUUAAAAACCGCAGUUGGCCGACGAGGGUUGAGCAGAACAAGUAAAGCAUUUUUGCUGCGCCUACUCUCCGAACGUGAAAAGUUGUUUUUUAGUUGUUAAGAGAUCAUUCCAUGACGAAUAUAUUGUAAAGGCUCGGGAUUCAUAUUGUUACUAUCCACGGUACAUUGACGUGAGAGUAUUUUUGGCUAUUUGGGUCUGAACACUGCAUGAAGUCGCCCUGCCAAUUGCAAAUGAUAUCGAUCUGUACGAGAACGGCAUUGCUCGUCUCUCUCUCUUGCUCUAUACCGUGUUAUUAUUGAAACAGUGUCACGCCUAGAGUGGCUAAGUUUCUGGAAACUCAAAAUGUGUGUGAAGCCACUGAUUUUAAAAACAGAAGAUAAACCAAGUUAUUUAAAGGGUAUGAACGUGUUUUGAAAUGAAAUUAUAUCCAGAUAGAUCUUUGAAUAACAAUUUUUAUAAAAUUAUUUAGGGCAAACUUUUACUCUACAAGAGGCGGCCAUUUUUUUUUUAAGAUCUGGAAACGUUUUGAAGCAAUAAUUUGACUGGUGGAAAAUUUUAAUAGGCAACUUCUUGAGCUAAAAUUUUAAUUGAAAAAGUUUCCGUAAUAGUAUUGGUUCCACAUAUUUAGAAUCAGAAUGUUACCAUUUGCAAAUAUAAAUUUUGUAGCAAAUAAAAUCAAAAAAAUACUUUCUCACCAGUCACGCCAUAGCUUGGUCAAUUUCAGUCCAAAAACAAUUAUUUGACAUCUCAAAUUUAUUUCAAAACGUAUCAGGCCCUUUUAAUUAACAAGUUUUUCAUUAGAACUCUCCACGCUUGGAUAGGAGCCUUUUAACCCCAUCUGAUGGACCAAUUUAAAGCUUCCAUUUAUCAAAAAGGACGCUUUGCUUGCUAUUAGACAAAAAGAAAAUACGAAAGAAAGAGCUGGAGCACACACGCAUUGGCACAGCCAAGUUAUUAUCCUUGUGUCUCACGGCUGUUGAUUUUGGCGUGCAGCCACCAGCCAACUAUUGGAAGGCGCGACAAAAAGACGGCGCUGCUUUUGUUGCACGUCAUAUAAGAAAAACAAAAACAGAUCGCGAGAUGAUUUUCGGUGGCACUCAAGUGCGAAUUUUAAGUCCGAGUUUCCCGGAACCUUAGCAACUCUCGGCAGGGGCGUAUGUGUGUGUGUGUGAGUAUAUUGCGAAACUUGUAAUUUCCUGAUAGUCUGUGUAGCUGUUCAUCGCUUCCCAUUCCCCCUCACGAUCUUCCCGAUUCCAUCCUGUUGUUUCAUCUCUCUCACCAGCCACACCAGAGGUGGUCCAUGUUCAAUGCAUAAUUAACAACCCAUUUACGAUUUGCCAUUCUCUAAUCUUCCUACGCUAAAUAAAAACAACAAAAAAAACUUUUUCUAAUAAAUAUUAAGGCGGCGUAAUGACCAUACUUAAAGAACGUUAAAAUUACGGCAUGUGUAACUACUAUACUAAACUUAAAAUAAAUUAUGCUCGUUAGCGGUUUAAAAACACAUCAAGAAGAGUAGCCUAGUUAGGCUCGUUGUCUUUUCACCAAGGGGACUCUACUUUUUUCAAAUGGAUGUGAGUGUGUGUAUACAGAUAAUUAACGGAGAACACAAAAAAUACCAAGAUUAAUUGAAAACUAAUUAAAUGACGUUUAAGAGCAAGAACAACAACACUUUAAAAAAAAAUGAAAAAAAAAUGAAAUCUCUCUGUGUAGACUGUACUUGUAUUAUUGCAUACGUUUAUUAUUAAAAAUUAAUAUUGUACUUUUAAAAAGAAUCGAGGAUCAAGUUUAAUUAUAAAUUAACUCGGAAUAACACGUACGAUUUAAUAUAAUAUUAAAACACGUCGACGCAAGAUACUUUGUUCUGCGCGUCGACGAUAUUAGUGUUUGCAAAACUUUAAAUGAGCGCAUUAAAAAUCUCUCUCUGACAGAGUGUUAAAGAAACCGGCUCGUCACUUUUCUUCUUGAUUGGCGAGCUGCGAAAAUUAGUCACCGUGGAUUAGAUUUUAAAUUAGCUUAACUCUCGGAGCAGCUAGCAUCGCAACUCUCACUAAAAUCGAUUCAGAAAAACUAAAUGUCGUUACGUAAAGAAGUUUCAUUGAAAUAUUAAACCUGUAAGGAGGCAUUAAAGAAACAAUAGAGAUGCUGUAGCUGAAAAACUUGUAUACAAGGUACUGAUAUGAUGAGGAAAUCGAGCCGAAGGCGACAACUUGUGCUAGUUGAGUGCAUAGUACAAUUCAAUCAUAAUUAAAAAGAAACAUUUGGAAUACAUUAUAUUGUGUAUAACUCUUAUACAAUUAUUAUAUUAUUAUAUAAUAAUAAAAGGAGUAAAUUUAACACACACUGACCCACGGCUAUACACGCAUAAAAGUAAGCUAAAGUGUCUAUCACUCUCACACAAUCUUGGAUUAUCAUUUUGCGAUUGCGAUAACGUAUUUAAUAAAAGUUUAAAAAUGUGAAUGAUGUGACGAGCAGACAUCGUUGGACAUUUUCAUUGUCAUUGAAUUAGUAUGCACCUUGUAUUUUUUGGACUUUUUCCACCACUGAAUAAAGCAUUUUCUG